CGACAACGACAACAACAACGACAACGACAACGACAACGACAACGACAACGACAACGACAACGACAACCACAACCACAACCACAACGACAACGACAACCACAACCACAACCACAACCACAACGACAACCACAACCACAACCACAACGACAACCACAACGACAACCACAACGACAACCACAACGACAACCACAACGACAACGACAACCACAACGACAACCACAACGACAACGACAACCACAACAACAACCACAACGACAACGACAACAACAACCACAACGACAACCACAACGACAACCACAACGACAACCACAACGACAACGACAACCACAACCACAACGACAACCACAACGACAACAACAACCACAACAACAACCACAACAACAACAACAACAACAACAACAACAACAACAACAACAACCACAACAACAACCACAACAACAACAACAACAACAACAUUUAUUUGUGUCUAUAAAUUUACAUUUUUUACAGUUUUAUCACACUCAACAGAAAGACAAUUGCAAGACACCGGUUGCUUAA